AACACAACACAGGACGACACAAGGGGCGAAAUUGGUCAAUAAACCUGGAGCUGCCGAUCUACAUGGUUCUCACGUUUACUAUGAAAGAUCAGCUGCUUCAGUUGCAGACGCAGGUGGAAAUUCUUACGGAUCCAGUGGUCCACAUUCUCUAGGUCCUCCAAUGAACUCUCUGAACCGUUCAAGAUCUCGCUCGCCUAAACGGUCCCUCAGUCCCAAUCUUUCUACAAGACGAUCUCUGGUUCCACCACCGACAAGAUCUAGGAGUCCUACGCCGAAUUACACUUCAAACCUUAAUACCAAGCUGUCCAGCAAUAGGAGUCCACAGCAUAAAAAUUAUGGUCCACAGUCGUUGCCGAUUAUGACUAAUCACAAAUCGAAGAAUAUCGUCAGUAGCAUGCAAAUUCCAGUAGAUACUAAGGUUCUUAAAUCAGAAGUCAGUUUACACGUAAACGAUACAGAUCAGAGUGAUACUACAUCUGAAGUGUCAGACGAAGGUUAUCGAAGCUUAGGUUUAACUCAUGAUAGAACCAAACAAAGGUCGUCUGUGUACAGUCAAAACUCUACAGAGGAUGCUGAAGAAAACGAGCAUCAAGUUUAUGUAGACGACGACCUCAACGAGUUUGGCCUCAGAAGAACCCAAUUUUCUCAACGGAUUUACGAAAACGAUACCAAAACCAUCCUAGAAAAGACUCGCCACGCAAUAGAUAAAUUGUCAGAAUCGUCCAGUUCAUCUCCAGAAACCACAACUAACGAAACCCUUAGUCCUAAAAAGAAAGAACGAUCUUUCUCCUCAACGAAGGAGGGCGUGCAAGCCCGAAGAAAGUCAUACAUUAGAAGCAAUAGCUCGGAAGCGAAUAUCGACGUCCAAAAGAGCCCAAAGAGAACUCCUUCUCAACCCAAGAAAGUUGAUUCUAAAAUUAGUACCUGGAGUGGAAGACCUAAGGCUUCUAGAGCUAGCAUUAGUCAAGAUACUUUUCAACCUUUCGCCAGAAACUCAACAGUGCGAAGGAGUGUAUCGGGGCUAGAAAGGAGGUCUUCUUCAACAAAUACAUCCCCCACCAAAAGCAAACUAAGGCAGGAACUUCUCCAAGCCGUGAAUAAAGCCGACUCAGACGAAGCUGUCGCCCUGCAGGUCCAAAUGUUGCUCAAGAAGUUCGGUAGCUUAAGCACGUUAAAUGACGACGAACCUCUAAGCCUACCCAUUUUACCAACGAGAACGUCGACAGAGAGAAUGUCGUUCAGGAGCCCCAGAAAGGAUUCUAGGACUGAUAAUCACAUGACUAGGAUACCUGCUCCCGUGUCAAUGGCUAAGUCCUAAAUCAAAAAUGAAAAUUAAAAAUAAAAAACAGAAUCAAAAGGAUUACCUGCAUUUUAGAUAAAUGUGUAUGAAAAUAUUUUUCUGUAAACAUAGGUAGAACACAUACAUUGUUCUAUUAGUGCUAGAAAGAAAGUUAAAAAGAAGUAUAUACGAGUAUAUAUUGAAUCUCUUUAAUAAUUUAUCAUUUCUGGUGGCUCUUAAUAAGACUGGGACUUUGUAUUUGACUACAUUAGUAUGAGUUAAUAAAGUCACCCAAGUGACUAGGUCAAAAUAAUAACUUAUUAAUGUGCUAAUCGACUUAAAAUGUUAUCAUUAUUUCGUUUUUCCUACAAAUCUCGUUGCACGUCAUCUAUCAGCUGAUAAGUUUAUAUGCUUAAAGCUUUACAAUGUUGAUUCAAAAUAGUCGAAAUAGUAAGAAAUUGUCAAAAUAUAAAUGCUAAACGAACGUCUGGCAAGAGCGUUAGCUCAGCAAACUGUGUUUAGCUCACACUCUUGUUACACAUCAAUUCCUCAAUUCAGUGUUAUUUGUUAAUUAAUACAGUAAUUGAUGGAAUAGUUUAAAAAGCAACAGUUACCUACUGCUUUGUUUAAGUUUUAUUGGGGCAAUAUUAAUUUUCAUUCUAUCGUAGUAGAUCUAAAUAUUAUUUUACAAUCAUUUAUCCUACUAAUAUUUGAGAAGGAACGAUGUAACAAAAUAUAGCGACAUUGUUUAAAUGUCAGACUCGCUAUUCCAACAUGCGUGUAUUGUGUCUCACUCGUAUUCAAACAAUUAAGUGUUAUCUUUGUUCCCCAUACUGAAUGGCCUAUAGGAUAGUUGAAAAAUUGCCGUGUCUGUAUAACAUUAGUUAGAUAUAUUGGCCACUGUUGAUAUGUAACUUAAUUUGUAGGAAAAGAAGAUAAAUCUAGGCUGCAGGAAAAUGUUUUCAAACUCUAUUUUGCGUAUAUAUUCACUUUUUGCAUUGUUUGUAAUAACAUGCGUAUUAAAAGUUGAUUCAACCAAAACCGUCACAAUUCUGCACCUAUUAUUGUACUCCACAUCCUGCUAAAACCUAAUUUAUGAGAAACUUUUUGUUACUAUGUUUAAAUGUUAGAUACAAAUUGUUAAACAAGAGGUGUGUAUGAAAAUGCAACAAAAGAGAAUCGUAAUGUUUGGUUCGACCAAAAACGUGCAACAUCGAUCUGCAACCACGUAACAUAGAAGAGUAAUAACAUAUUUGAGUUAAUAUCUGCGUUGGCGUAUGUUCUUAUCACCAUAAAGGAGUGUCUGAAUCCUUUAUGUGACCAGAAAAAUAGUCUUAGUCCAUGUGGUGAGACCGCUCCCGUCUGAAAAAAUGUCUGUUGUGGGAGCACGCCAAAUAGAAUUCUAUUUUAGUGACGUCACGUUGCCUAGCAACCGUCGAUUCUCCCAUUAUGAAAUUCUACUUUGCGACGUCAGCAAAAUAGAAUUCUAUUUGACGUGCUCUGGGCCUUGAUUCGGUUUCUUUGUGGAUUCUUAUUCAAAAAUGUCCCCUUUAAAUAAAUCUGAAAUCUGAAGGAUGCCGGGCGGAAUUUUUGGGCAGAAAUUGUUUAAACAAAUACAAAAGAUCACGUUUUAUUGUCCUGGAACAUAUAUUUUUAGGUUUUUUGGAUCAUUUUAAACAAGAAAGGUAUCUUGUAAUUUUUCUUAAAAAUUAAUUGUUUUCGAGUUAUAAGCGAUUUAAAAUAUGAAAAAUUCGAAAAAAAUUUGAGGCUUAAAAGCUCAUAUUUAAAUUAGUAUUUUUGAGGUUGCCAGAUACAGUGGAACCCCGUUAACUCGGAUUAAUCGGGACCGCGGCCGAUCCGGGUUAUCGAAAAUCCGGGUUAGCCGGAGAAAAUGGUAAAAAUUAAUAAAAUAUGGUAUGCUUACAGAUAAACUCCGUUAUAAUUGUCACACAGACACUGGUAAACCACGUUCGCAUUCCACACAAAACCACACAUACAAAGCGUCGUCAAGAGUCUCAUUCUUAGCUUUAUUAGCUUUGCAGCGAUUGUCCAAACUGUCUUUUGUUAUCAUUUUGAAAAAAAUUCUUCGAUUUUAGUUCUAUUUUUCUUCCAAUCCGAUACUGUAGAUGUACCGACACCAUAUAAUGCUGCAAGAUUCACCUUUAUCAAUUCUACUUAAUGCUUUUAGUUUCUUUUCCAUUGUCACUACAACAUUUUUACGUUUUGUUGCCCUUAUAGACAAAAGACACGCACACAAAAUCUGAAUAGAUUUACGCACGAUUACAGAACGGAAGCGAACAAUUCGACUUUACUACACAAAAUACCGUCUCUGAUGUUAUGUUAUUUAAUAACAGUGAUGACUAAGACCAUUGUUAAAAAAAGAAUUUUAAUAGUCUUUUCUAAACAAUGCUAAGACAGUUUCAAAUAAAUAAAGGAUAAUACAGGUGCCUGUUGUUUUCGAUAACAGGACAAUGAAUGUGGUGUGCCAUGAGUCAUUUUUACUAUGGUAUAUGUAGUUCAAAUUACACAAAUACCCAUUAUCUCUCAAAUAUUAUUUUACAUAGAGUUGGUACAAAACCUCGUGAACCUUGAAAAUGCGUAUUUAUAACCGAAAUAAAAUGAAGCCAAAAACAUACGACUAUUUUAUUUGCUGCGAAUUGCGCGACAGGGUCCCUCUGCACCCUGAUAUUUUCAGUAAUGUCGGAUUCAAUCGUUUCGUUCGUAUAUUGACGUCACCAAAUGAAUGAAUUAGGUUCACGAGAUUUUGUAACAGCAAUACAUUUUUAUUGUUGAAAUGUUUGUCUGAUAAAAAUCGGUCCGGGUUAGCCGGACUUCCGGGUUAUCGGGGGCCGACUUAUCGGGGUUCCACUGUACUUAAAUUAAAGAUUAAACAUUCAGCUUCAAGAUUCUAAAGAGUGAUCGCGUCUAGCCUUAAUUUAUACCGUUCUUUUUUAAUUGUUAAAUAUGCGUGAUUAUCCGAUUUUUUUGCCGGUGCGGCGCGCUCUAUUUCAAAAAUCUCCAAAAAUAUUUUUUUAGAUUCUUUUGGAUAUUCUAAAUAAAAUAAGUUUCCCGACAUUUUUCUCAAAAGUUAAUAGUUUUAAAGUUAUAAGCGAUUUAAAAUCCGAAAAAUGCCAAAAAACGCAUUUUCGGAUUUUAAAUCGCUUAUAACCUUAAAACUGUUAGGGUAACUUUUGAGAAAAAUGUCAAGAAACUUAUUUUAUUUAGAAUAUCCCAAAGAAUCUAGAAAAAAUAUCUUUCGGAGGAAAAUUGGAGAUUUUUGAAAUAGAGCGCGCCGCACCGGCAAAAAAUGGGAUGGACAUGCAUAUUUAACAAUUAAAAACGACGGUUUAAAUUAAGGUUAGACGCAAUCACUCUUCAGGAUCUUGAAGAUGAAUGUUUAAACUUCAAUUUAAGUAUCUGGCAACCUCAAAAAUACUAAUUUAGAUAUGAAUUUUUAGGCCUCGAUGCGUAUUUUCGCAUUUUUCAGAUUUUAAAUCACCUAUAACUCGAAAACUAUCAAUUUUUGUGAAAAUUUACAAGAUACCUUUCUUGUUUAGAAUGACCCACAAAACUUAUAAAUAUAUGUUUCUAAGCAAAAAACGUGAUCUUUUGUAUUUGUUUAAAAAAAUUGUUUAAACAAUUUCUGCCCAAAUAUUCCGCCCGGCACCCUUUAGAUUUGUUUAAAGGGGACAUUUUUGAAUAGGAAUCCACAAAGAAACCGAAUCAGAAAUUUUUCCAGACGGGAGCGGUCUUACCACCACCACAUGGACUAUCUAAGGUCAGCCACUCACUAUCAGAUAUACCUGAACAGUAAGACACUUGUUAGGUGUACCUGAUAGUGUGUGAAGGGAAUAACUAACCUCUCAGGCGAACUGAGGAGCUUACUAAUGCCACACACUAUCAGUUAAACCUGACAGGUCUAACUGUUCAGGUGUACCUGAUAGUGAGUGGCCGGCCUAAUACAUUCUAAGUAAUUGUCUGUUAUAUCAAAUAACAAACGUAUUGCACGUGUUACGUUUCUUGGGUCAAUAAAGCCAGUCACUCACGGUACUGCGGUGUCGUUCGAAAAAAUCGUCGAUGAUAUCAAUUCUGCAGUACCUACUGCAACACACAGGCCACUCUCUCUAUUAAAAUUGUAACGACUUUGUUGAAUGCACACUUUCCAAAUUUUUGUCAGUUAGUCGAAUUCGACAAAAUUAAACGACGAGGUAACUUUUUUGUUGCACUUCUGUACACUCCGAUAUAUUCGCUUUAUUUAAGUUGCCUACGUGUACCUCCUUUUAGAGGCAUUAAUUUUUAUAUAAAUACCUACAUGUUACAUGCAAAAAAAUUCCUAUGGUGCUAUUUUUUGUUAGGUAGGUAGAAAUUUAGAUAGGUUUAGAUUUUUUAUUGGUUGGAAACCAUACUGAUGUUAAAUAUAUGGAUUUAUCUUUUGGGAAAUACAAAAAUGUUAUUGGAUUUGGUUAUUCCCUCUUUAUUUUACUUUUUCUUCGUCUUAUUUGAUUUGAAGUAAUCUUUAAUUCUUUCAAAACAUUUUUGUUUUCUCUCUUUUUCAUAGGCAUAACAUUGUACUAAUCAGGGUUUGAAUAAACAGUUAUGUAUAUAGCAGUGUACCUAAUAUUAGACACAGUAUAGUUUCAAUUUUUUAUUUUAGAAAAAUUUGGACUAGGGAUAUCUACUAAAAAUGCUACAGUUGUAUAACUCUAUUGAUUUUUAAUCCUAGAUAUUUAUAUACAAAUUAUUUAGCAAUACAUUUUAAUAAUA